CGAAGUGGAGCUACAACUGUCCAGCCCUACAAAACGGAAGCACAAGCGUCCGUGCUUUCUACACUGGCUAAAGAUUUCCAGACCUCAUCGUCAUCAUCCAUUGCUGCUGCCGUAAUCCCCACGCAGUCUUCUUGCUAUUUUCGCAGAGCACAUUCAGUCGUUUACUGAGCAGACUUUUUUCGUCGCCAUGGGCUGAUUCACUCUAGAUACAAAUGAUUAUACUUUCGAUUGUGUAGACCCCACUUGAUGUUCUACGACCUUUGUACCCCGCGAUGUCAAACUCCCGUAGCUCCAGGUCCAACUCCAGGUCCAGCUUGCGCCCGGAGUCACUAGAACAGGAUAUUCCUGGGGCAUUUCCCUCUGGAGCUCAAGCCGAUGGUCCAAGUGCUGAAACUUCUCAUCACACGUUGCAACAAGCUAUCUAUGCGAGACGGGCAGAAUUCACAAGACAGAAGAGCAUAAGGAUCAAGGUUGGGACUUGGAAUAUUGCUGCUCUAAAAGGGACCGAUGAAGAUAUUUCUGGAUGGUUCAUCAAGGGAAAGGCAAGGAGCUCGAACGAAAAGAGCACCCUUCCAAGAAAUGACCCGUCCGCAUUGCCCAGUGGUGAUGAAAUUGGGCUGUACGUGUUAGGUCUUCAGGAAAUCGUGGACGUGAGCUCGGCCACAGAAGCUCUACGGCCAUACACAGACCCGGCGACUGGGAAUCGGUUCAAGACAGCUGUAGAACAUGCCCUACCCACAUAUCAGCUCGUGUCCGAACAACAGCUUAUAGGAAUGCUACUCUUAAUCUAUGCCGCUCCGGAUGUCACACCGCAAAUAAGCGCCGUAAGCACCACGAGUGUAGGAACAGGACUAAUGGGCUAUAUGGGCAAUAAAGGCGCUGUCACGAGUCGAAUUUUACUAGGCGAAACAACAAGGCUUGUAUUCGUGAACUGUCACAUGUCAGCUGGUGCCGACAAAGCAGCGUUAGAUCGAAGAAAUUGGGACUGGCAGCAGAUUAUGUCGAGAACAAAGUUUGAUCCUGUUCCAAAUCCUACCGGCAUACCAAAUCUCACAAACGAAAGCCUUGGCGACGAGGACUUUACUUUCUGGUUUGGAGACUUGAACUAUCGUUUGACCGGCAUGCCAGGGGAUGACAUUCGUCGAUUACUCACACUUCAUAUCCGUAACGAAUACGGGCUGCCACGAGACUCCACAGGUGGUGCAAUUACCCGUUCGUCGUCAGGUACCACAGACACAGACUCGACACUCUCGGUUGGAGACAGGUUCUCAGAUUCCUCGAUGACCGUUCUCGAUCCUGAAGUACUACCACCGCUACAGGAUCCAGCUUCUUUGGAGACUACACUCUCAUCGCUUUUACCUCACGAUGAGCUACACCAGCAACAACUUACUCAAAAGGCUUUCUACGAUGGCUGGCAGGAAGGCAAAAUUGAGUUUCUUCCUACAUACAAAUAUGAUGUAGGCUCCAUCGGGCAAUUCGACUCUAGCGAGAAGAAACGAUGUCCUUCGUGGUGCGAUCGAAUCCUAUAUAGAACCCGGAAGACCCGUCUCGCCGCUGAAAUGAAAAGAAAAGACGCUGAAGAGACGCGAAAAAAGGACGCCGAUAUGAAAGCCAGGGGUAUGGACCACGCAGGAGAUGAUGAUAACGUUCUCUUCGAUUACGACCCUGAUCAUGACGCCGACAAUGAAUAUGGUGAAUUUGCAGAACCAGAGCUGGAGCUUGUCAAUACAAAGGACGGACAUCAGGACACUAUCUUCCAAGAAUACUACACGUCACACCAACGCGUGCUAUCUUCUGACCACAAACCCCUGGAUUCGGUAUUUAGACUCAUCUACGACUCGGUCAUACCUGAGCUCAAAGCCAAAGUCCACCAGGAAGUUGCGAAAGAGCUUGACCGUGCAGAGAAUGAAGGUAGACCUUGUGUCACGAUGAUCGUAGAUCGUAAUGAAGGGCUCGACUCGGACGUUAUGAGUGACGAUUUUGACAACGACUUCGAGGGUGUAAAUUUUGGUGACAUACGUUACGCACAGAGUAAGACACGCUCGGUGACUAUCGCAAACACAGGUCGUGUGCCAGCAACGAUAUCGUUUGCGGAUCGUCCGUUCGUCAAGGGGCAAAACCAAGGACCAGCUCCACCUUGGCUCUCCGUGUAUUUUGACCGUGAUCCAGACAUAAUAGAUCCGAAACUACCUCUAGGAAUCAAGGAUCAUUAUACUAUCGAGCCCGGAGAUUCCAGUACAGUCGAGCUGACUCUAAAGGUUGCGGUCAUGGAGCUUGUUCGUUCUCUUAAUGAGGACGUCUCUAACAUUGAUGACAUACUCGUUCUACGCGUCGAAAAUGGCCGAGAUCACUUUCUUCCCAUACGCGGUCGUUGGCUCAAGUCUACCUUUGCUCAAUCUAUCGACAAAUUGAUCAAAAUUCCAGAGGGAGGAAUCCGCAGGCUACAAGGACAAAAACCCCAAUCUACAUCAGCUGCGAGUACUCCUGGUAAUACUACGACGCAUUCGAAGGGCAACGCUGGGGUAAUGUGGUCGACUCCCCGAGAACUGUUCCGGCUGACGGAAAGCAUAGAAGUCUUAGUUGAACGCGUCAUCGCGGAAUGGGACAUGAUGACUCCUCAGCAGCAGCCUCAAGGAGACACCUCAGGUACUGCCACGGUUGUAAUCGAGUCACCUCCAUGGUACCUCCAUGCUGCAUGGCCAUUUGUAGAGGACAGUUGGACACUCACGACUGUCGAUGUUCGAGACAGGCUUAAAUGCCAGCUAUUUGAGGCAUUGGACACCGAUUCGCGCUUCGACUCGGUGUUCGUACCAGAGACUACACCUUUACAUCGGCUUGAAGUCUUCGCUGAAACUCUGAUGCUCUUCCUUUCCUCCCUUGUCGACGGAAUUAUACCUGCGUUAACGUUCACACAAAUCGAGACCCACUUCGCUACAUGCGAUAUUUCCAAACAACAGUCACAUUCAAUUGACGAUGAACGAACUGCUCUCCUCGAAAUACUUGCCGCCUCUUGCCCAACACAUAAUGUCAGCUUUAUGCUCCUCACCACAAUGCUCUCGCGCCUUAUGUCGGAGUUAAGCACCUAUAGGGCAAGUUCAAAGGAACCCGGAAUUCCAAAUAGCCCAAAGAAGACACCAUCGCAUCUACCUCGAAAAAGCCUGAGUUUGGAUCCGCAGCAUGCACGGACCCAGAUCGUUCGUAGGAGUCUUGCGGCGCUGUUUGCAGAUAUGAUGGUAAGAAUGGAGGACCCGGACAAGGGCAAGGAUAAAGAAAGGAAAAUGAGGCAAGACCGGAGAGUCCGGUUUGUUGAAGUGUUUCUGGGCGAUGGUGAGGGUGGCUUCUGA